AUGGCGUCGAACGACCCUCACCGCGGUGGCACUCUUGAAGAGAUGGCACCAACUGGGACUCGCAUCCCCAAUGAUGCCGGGUUACAAAACACAAUUCUUUCAGUGCCACGCCAAGAUCAGUGGGGUGAGGACCACCGCUUUAGCUACGACGGGAUCGCACAGCCUUCGGUACCUACCGCCGCAGACAAUGCUACAGAUAUGCCACGGAGCACUCGCGAUGUAGGCCAGUCCGGAGAGGUUAUGACUGGCACUGGAGACUCGCUGCCAGGCGAAAUUGAAACCAAGAGGUUGUAUACACGGACUAAUGAUCCCGGCGCAAAGGGCCACGGACGUAAUCUCAAGCACGGUGUGAAAACAACAAGUGGGUAUGGUACGUUGGCUGGAGAGGAUCCCGAAGACGCUCAAAGAGCGGGAGAGCCUGAACAGAGAUCUUGA